UGGGGUUUUGCUAUGUUGGUUAGGCUGAUCUUUUCCCUCUUUAAUCUGAACUUUUAGUAAAUCUAGAUAUUGGGGAAAAACAGACUAGAGACCUAUAGUUUAUUGCAGUUUUAUUGUGUUCAGUGCUCUUUUUCCUAUGCCUUUGUUUGCUAUAAUUUGCACAACAUAAUGUUGAGCACUAGUCAAUUGAAGAAUUAUUUUGCGGCCAAUAGACAAUUAAAAGACUACAAUUAGUCCUCACUUAACAUCAUCAAUAGGUUCAUGGAAGCUGUGACUUUAAGUGAAAUGACAUAUGGGAAGUCCCUGAAUAAUGUUUUGUUGUAACUAUGAGAAAAAAAAAUGGUUUUGUUAUAGGUUGUUUUACUUAAAGUUUCAGUUUCCAAGAACCCAUUGAUGGUAAGUGAAGAUUUUCCCUACUGUAUUAGAUUUCAUACUUCUAGGAAAGAUACUUUUAUAAUGUAUGUGUAUUAUUUGUGUAUCUACAAACCCCAAGGUGCUAGAUAACAGUUUCUCUUCAUGCUAAUAUCGGUGUUUAGUCCAUUGAAAAUUUCAGCCAUUGAGCCAUUUUGAUUCACACUGUUGUGGUGAUAAGCUCCUAGGAUUUGUAAAUUAUGCAUUUUAUUUUGUGAUGUAUCUAAACUGUGAGAUUGAGAGCAGUCUUCCAAAGUGCUUUAUGAUUUUUGGGAAAGUUAUCUGAGAUAAAUCUCACACUUCACUGGGCUUAUUCUCUUUCUUCCUUUUGCUUCAUACUUUGGGUACACAGUACUGUCUUUACUUUGGGAGCAGAUUCUUUCCUUUAAGCCCCAAGGGAGAAAGUGUGGGUCCACCCUGUGUCAUAACUUUGUGAAUAACUUGGGCCACCAGUGGCAUUAUUAAAGAUCUCAGUAUGAGGUAUACUGUCUCUUCUAGCCUAUCAUGAAUCUAGCUGGUGUGAGGGAGAGUGCAUUUGGAGCAUUGUCUUUCUUCUGCUCUUGUUUUUCUGAAUACAGUCUUCAUUUAGACCCAACUGAAAACUAAAUGUAUAUUUAGCCUGGAAGUAAUAAUUCUAAUAAAAAAAGAUGGUGUACUUCAAGGAAAUUCACUUCUGUUUCAGAAACAGCAAAAAACAGAAUUAGAACAACAUAGAAGCACAAUGUGCUUUCUCAAAAUCUAAACUAUAUCUUAGACCCAGUCUGAGGAGCUAGCCUGUAAAUUUAGAUUUCCCUUCUCUACCCAGUACAUCUGAACAAACUUUACAUUGGAUAAACUAGUUAUUCUAGCAAAUAUCAGAUAUCUGUACCAUCUAUAUGAGCAGUCAUCUUAAAAAUUUUUAAAUUUACAUUUUUAAAAUAUAUUUAGGGGUACACUCAUCUUUAUAAAAGUUAUUGAUUAUUUCAUUUCUGCUGACCUAAUAAUAGAGCUUGUUCACUUUGAUGAUGGCUUGUACAUGUUUUGACGGUUUUAUGCUCUUACACUUGUGUUAUGAUGUUUGGGUUACAAAUUUAUCAUCUGUAUCUGUUAGAUAUAGAAAGGAAGUGAAGGAACCAGAUAGAAAAUUUGCAAAUUGUGGUAAUGGGUGUAUGUAAGAAAUGCUUCAGUAUUAAACAGUGGUUUACUUUAAGUAGUAAGUUUUCCUAUUACAUUUGUGUAUAUCUCAAUGAAGAAAGAAAGUAAUUGUGAUAGGAUAUGGAUUAUCAAGUAAUUAGUUCUCUGUGGUAGCCAUUGAAUGGUGAAAACACGGAAUUUGACCUGGGUUUAAAUAUUUGUUCUACAAUUUGCUUGCAGUGUCCUUAAGCCUUUCUCAAUAUCAGUUAUCAUUAUAGAUUGUGGAUAAUAUUACCCAUACCUGUCGUGGACUGGGAAGCAUUAAGUGAGAGAUUAUUUGAAUCUUUUUCUCUACUUGAAAUAGUUCUUUAUGAUACAAAAAAACCCCAUAUCUAUAUGUGUGAUUUGAUUCAGUUGCAUUUAGAUUAUUUUGUAAUUUGCUCCCUUUUCAGGAUGUCAGGAUGCAGGAAGAAUAGGGAGCCCUUUCCAACCAGCAGCUGAUUAAACACUGUACAGGAGAACUGGGAAAUAUGAACGAUGGCAAAUGAAAUCCUGGCAGAGAGAAUAGUCUAAUCCCAAAGGACACUCUCAACAAUAGCCUGGGCCCUAUGCCUAGUACUUAGAGGGGCCUAGGGUAAGAGACUCCUGCCCCUCACUGUACCAUUCCCAGAAUCUUAUUUGUUAAUGCUUGGCUUUAUUAAUAAAGUCAUGACCACUUGUUCGGCACUGCAUAUGGCUGGUUGUGAUUUCCAGCUGCCCUUUGGGCUAAAGUGUAAACAGUGAAUAGAUUGUUAUGUUCUUCUAUUAAGCUUAAAGCUGUGAUCUCAUGUCUGUGCCACAUAUGUCUGCAACCAGAAAUAUAUCCUUUUCCCUGAUCUCAUGGAAGGGAAGCAGCACUGUGUCUGAAAAGAGUUUGGAUUCAUUAGUCUAAGAGCUUUUUACUUUUUAGUGAAACCAAAGAACAAAAUUAAGGCAUAAAAAGUCAUGAGCAUCAUCAACAGGAUGUCAUCAUGACACCAAACAGCAUAAUAUAUUGUUAAGGUGAGCAUCUAAUCUGGUGACUGAAAUUUCUAUACAUUUGGCAUUUUUACAGAAGACAGAAAUGCAGGCAGCAAUCCAACAAUCCAGUCUCAAAGAAAGCCUCAGUGCACUGGAUUUGAAAUAAGCACAACAGUUUGUCUGAGUGACUGAGAAAAUACCCAUUGAUAGAACUGGUUCCUAAACUCUGGCCUGAUUUCUAAUAUGCUGGUUAAUUAACAUCUAAUUUUUUUUACUAUGUUGAUCAAGAAUGUUGUUUCUGUGGUUGGUGGGGUUUACAUUAUAGAUAUUGAAACUGUUUACAUGGUGGAAUGCUUGAUAAAACCCUGAAGUUCUAAGCCCUCUAGAAGAGGAAAUUUAUGAUAAUAAUUACUAUUUUAUACCAUACAAGAUAUACACAACACAGAGUACUUCCCUGUUUAUCUGAUGGGGAUGUGUUCCAAGACCCCCUGUGGGUGACUGAAACCACAGUUAGUGCUGAACCCUACCCCUACUAAGUUUUUUUCUAUACACAUAAACUUAUGGUAAAGUUUAAUGUAUAAAUUAAGAACAGUAAGAGAUGAACAACAACAAUAAUAAAAUAGAACAAUUGUAACAAUAUACUGUAAUAAAAAUUCUGUGAAUGUGACUUUUAAAAUAUCUUAUGUAAUACUCACUUAUUUUUGGACUGUGGUUGACUGUGGGUAACAGAAACUACAGAAAGCAAAACUGUGGAUAAUGGCUGGAAAAAAAAAUGUUACUUGUUCUUUAUAGUAGUUCCACAGUAGUACUAUCCCAAUUUCACAGAUGGGAAAAUUGAGGCUUAAAUAAUUUGAACAGCUUGUCAAAGUUGUGGAGUCUGGAUUCAUAUCUAUAGUUAUCUGACUCCAAAGUUUUGAUACUCCUGUUGUGUCACACUGCCUCUGCCCUUUUCUUAACUGGAUUUACAAGAUAGCUUCCUGGCCUCUGAAAUACAUAGUCAUUCCGAGUGAUACUACUAAUGAUUAAUUGCUCUACCUUACAUUUCUAUGGUGUUUUAUACUUUUCAAAUUGAUGUUAUGACCAUUAGCUCAUGUGUUCUACCUCAUUACCUUGUGAAGUAAUCAGGGUAAAUAUUAUUAUCCCUAUUUUACAGACGGGUAAAAAUAAACAUAGGGAGGAUAAGUGAUUUUGCCCAAUGUCAAAUAACUUAUAAGUGACAGAACCAGAACAGCCUUGUUGCCCUCAAUUUAGUGCUCCUGUGCAAUCUCUGACACCUCCCUGAAGAAGGUCUGGUUGGAGAGUAGAUGAAGUUUGUAAGUGCAGCUCAGGAAAAUUUCCUUUCAGGUGGCUAGUAGAUAGGCUCUUUUCCUGAAAAAUGCAAGUCUUUGGGCUACUCAGUUAUUUUUUAGAAAAACCUAAUUGGAAGGGUCUUGUCCUGUAAGUCCUGAAAUUUUUUUCAGGUAAAAGAAUGUUAGGAUAGUUAUUCUUGUUCUGCAUUAAGCUUAGCAAAUUCCUGCUGGAAUCUUUUAGGACAGGAUCUUGGUUCAGAAGCUGUUACAAAUUUUCUAUCCCAACUGGAAUAGAGAAGUUUCAGGGAGCAGGAAAAGUCAGGUUUGAAAAAUAAAAUUCUUUAUAGUUAAUUUGUUGGGUAAUAUAAUAUGCCAGUAGCAUUAUAUACUUUCUGUGUGUUCGUGGAAAUACCCAAAACAUUUAACAAAUAGUUCCUACCAUUAAGGAACUUAGGAGAGAUGGUACGGUGAUGGAAAAAAACAUUGGACUAAGUGUCAGAAGACGGGUCUUUGUGCUAGGUCUGCAGUUGGUUAGCAAAUUUCCAUGCUUAUCUGGUUAGUUUCCUCAUCUGAAAAGUGAGAGGCUAGAGCCAGAUAACUUCUCAGGUAUUUUUUAAUCUUAAAACUUGUUCAAAUCUUAUUUCUUGAUGCCAAUUAGAGAAAAACUAAGUGUUAAAUUGUAUGGUACUAAUAAGUACACAGGUAAGCAAAGAUUUAGAGACUAACUAUUGUGGAACUGUCGGUUAGUAACCAAGUAGCCCUUAAUAAUAAAGUUUUGACCUGUUUUUAUCAAAAUUAUAAGGUGUUCCUAGAAUAGCACUUGAUCAGGGUAUAGUUCUUAAAGCUCUACCACCUACCAUCAUGAUUUAUUUAACCAAUGAAUCUGUUUCUACAUCUGUAAUACAGGUUGAGUAUCCCUUAUCCAGAAUGCUUGGGAUCGAAAGUGUUUUAAACUUCAGAUUUUUUGGGGAGGAUUUUGGAAUAUUUGUAGAUACUGGGUUGAAGAUCACUCUUCUGAAAAUCUAAAAUCCAAAAUGCUUCAAUGAGCAUGUCUUUUGACCAUUGUGUCAGAGCUCAAAAAAUUUCAGAUUUUGGAGCAUUUUCAGAUUAGAGAAUGCUCAACCUAUGUCGUGGUUUUCUCCAUUUACUUAAAUAUCUUUAUUGAGUGCUAAGCAUUAUGCUAGAUACUGAAGCUAGAAUGCCCACAAAUGCCCUUUAAAUGCCCAUAUGGUUCUUCUACCAGGGACAUUUGCAAUUUACGAAUCUUAGAGUUGGGAGAAAUCUUGUAGGUGAUUUAAUUUGACUUUGAAUGCAAAUAUAUUAGGACAGGUAUUUUAUCUUGUUCACUGCUUUAUCCUCAGCAGCUAGAACACUGUCAGGCAUAAAUAUGUAUAUAUAUUUACUGAAUGAUUUAAUAAAAGAAGAACAACGAGACCAUAUCUGGAACUGUGUGUUUAUAUGUUACUGUCAUGGUACCAAGGCUUAUAAAGAUCUCUAUGACCAGAGAUAUCACAGGUAUAUCCUUUGUGGUCUUUUUCAUAGUGGCUGCCUCUGCAGUGAAGUGUCUGACUUGUCAUUCCUUAUGAAUUUUGAAAAUUUUUAUGUGCUGGUUCUGAAAAAGAGUAGAUAUGCUUAUUGACCUUGAUUCCCCAGAAAAUUAUAGAUUUCUGAAGGAAGCAGUUUUCUUUACUUUGUUGCAUGGAGUUCUGUAGGCAUAACAGAUUCUGGAUGGGCUGUUUGCUUUUUCAUUUUUCUUCCAUUUUCCAGACUCUAGCUCCCCCAUUUUUUCACUACAUAGAGCAUACCACACAAUACUUCUGUAAAGUCAUGCUGUAUUAUAUUUUCCUCUGGAUAAUUAACACGCUGUGCUACAAGGGAAAAUUGGUUUAUUUUCCAUGUUCUAGGUUUUCUCAGGCUCUCCUUUGGCAUUUUCUUUGAAUUGAGUCAUGGGGCUUUUUUGAGUGUCUAUCACACAACUCUGGUGGUACCAUGUUACUAUGAUUGUACCACAAGGUUCAGAGAGUGGAAGGGUGAAGUUAGCGAACACGGGGAUGGAAAGCAACUGGGAGGAUCUUUAUUUUGUAUUACUUGUACCCCUUAUUUUAUUUAUUUUACUUUUAAAGGGGAAUUGUGGAGGUUCCUUAAAAGGAUAGAGAAAGAGAGAUAAGACCUGUCAUUCCAAUGCUUUAGUCAUUGUCCAUUUUGCAAUCACUGUUACUUUUUCCCCCUCUGUAACACAAGAUGCUCUUAUUUCCCUUUCCUUCUUCGAGAGGAAUCACAUGUUACAAGGGAAAGGGCUUUGUUUUAGAGGACUGGAAUUUUAGGUGUCACCACUUCCUACCUAAACAACUGUGGGAAAUUAUCUUCUCUAAACUUCAUUUGUAGAGGCUGAUUCUGUAGAGAUGAUAAUACUACUGAUCCGACCAAAUUAUUAUGUGAAUUGAAAGAAAUAAUGUACAGGAUAAUGUCUGGCAAAUUGUAAAUUAUGAAUUAUAUACAAGCAUACAUCACUUACCUCUAUUUUUCAGGAUUUUGAAAUUGUCGAGAAUUUCUUGUUGCCCUUUAAAAGUAUAAUAUGUUUCCUGACUUUUGCGACAACUUAAUAAAGUUUAAAAGACCAAUUGAUAUUCAGUUUUUCAAUUUUUCCUUGCUAUCUUCAUCAGGCCAUUCCUUGGACACCCUAAACAGCUGUUCUGUGUCAGUGCAGAGGUGGUUGUAUUUCACUGGUUCAGGAUUACAUGUUUCUGGGAUAGGGUUUCAGGGUCUUUGCUAACAAUGGCUGCUCACUCUGAGGUAUGCUAUCUAAUUUGGUGUAUUGAGAGGAAGUUGGCAUGGAUGCUUCACAAAUCAAAGAAAAUUAUGCAAAAAUGUUACACUCUAAGAGAAAUACUUCUCAAUAUUCUUAUUAUUUUUCCUAGCAUUUUUGUAUCUACUGCUCUGGUUUUCUACUUUAUAUAGACAGACUCUUCUUUCUAUCUUUUCCAGUGUUUAUAGCAGAAGUAAUGUGUGCAUUUACAGUUUUUUUUUUAAGAUGUGAUAGUUCCUUAAUCUUGGAACAACAUCUAUUGAGUGAAGGCCAUAUUGUAAAGUAGUCAAAAGAAUGCUGACUCUGAAGUGAAACUGCAUGGGCUUGAAUCUUGUCUCUGCCACCCUUAUUGGCUGCAUGACCUUGAACAAGUCGCUUAACUUUUUUGAUUUAACAGAGUUUCCUCUGUAAAAAGAAGGUAACAAUAUUACCUACAUUACUGGCUUUUGCAAGGAUUGAGUAUAUAUAAAGUCUCCAUACAUACAGGGAAAAUUAGCUGUUGUUACUAUUAUUAUUGAAAACUAUAUACUAUUAGAGUACGUUGGAGUCAUUCAACACAUUAUUUAUUAAGCCCUACCAUAUACUUAGGUUUCUGCUAGUUAUCUUGGGGGAUACAAAAUAUUAUGGCACAAUUCUUGUCCACUUCUAGAGGCUGAGUAGUAUAAGGUAUGUAUGGACAGUACAUCCUGCCUGAGAAACCUGCUACAGGCACUGUGGGGUUGCCUGAUUGAAGAUAUAGAAUGUAAACAUAUAGGAGGAAACAAAUACAUAUCUAUUCUGAUCAAAUUAAAUGAAUGUAACACAAAUAAUUCAGAUAGGAAUGCAAUGGUGAACUAAUAUUUUGUUGACAGACUUCUGGAAGAAGUAAGAUAUUAACUGAGCCUUGAAGGUAGAAUCUGGAAAUGUAGAAAUGGGGAAGAGUUUAUAGGGAAGGAAAGAAUCAGAAAUAUAUACACAUCAUAAUGUAGUGGAAAGGGUACAUCCAAACAGACUAGGCAUCACCACCCAAACUUUGGUAAUGCCUCUUACUACUUGUACAACCUUAGAUCAGUUACUCAGUCUCCUUCCUCUUCUGUGAAAUGGGGACAAUGAUAUUUACUUUUUUGGGUUAUUGUAGGUCAUAGAGGUAGCCUGUGCAAAGCAGCUAGGACAGAUUUUGACACGUGGUUAACAUUCAGUAACUGAUAUUAUUAGAAGCAUAGAAUAAAAGUUACAAGCAUAGGAUUUAGAGUCAGACAGGACUUACUUGAAUCUCUUUUCUCUCAUUUACUUUAUAACCAUAGCCAAGUUACUUAACAACUUCUAAGCUUCACUUAGCUCAUCUGCAAAUAAGGAUAAAUUGGUAGCUUUGUUGUGGGGUUAUUUGAGAUUUAAUGAGGUACUGUGAAGCAUAAAGUAAUGAGCUUGUCACAUAGUGUGCACUCAAUACCAUUUACCAUUACAUUGUUAUUUUUAUUAGUAUAACUUCUCUCUUUGUCUCUGAUAUUUCCUUUGUGAUUAUUCAUAUUGUUCCGUCCUCUUCCUUCCCUACCCCUUUCAUCUACCUUCUUUCAACAACAUUUAUCAGUGGCAGUUGUAGAGACUGAAAACAGAGACUUGAAAGAAUGUGGAGGUGGAGAGGAACUGGUCAGUACACAUGUCUAGCAGAACACCAGGGACAAGCUAAGAAAAGGACAGCUAAGCACACAUGAAUACAAAUGACAGGACCAUAAACAUAUAUACAACCUUUUGGAUGAGUCAUCCUUCCUAAGGUCACUAGAGACUUUUUUUCAUAAGGGAAAUUCAGACCGUACUACUCCCUAGGUUAAUACAAUGAUUUUCUAUUUCCCAGAGGAUGAAACCCAAACUAUUUUGAAUUGCAUUUGAAAUCCUUUCCAAUCUGUUGUCAUUCUGUCCUACUAGAUUUUUUCCUGCUACUUCCCACCUUGCACUCCAUAAUUUACUCACUUUGAAGUUCUUCCUUUUCUUGGAAUAUACCCAUAUUCUUUUAUAUGUCACAGCACUUGCACAUCUUAGAAUAUCCUUUUUUAAAAUUUCCACCAGACAAACUUCUACUCAUCCUUGAAGACAGUUAAGUGAGUCUUCUGCAAUGUCUCCGGUCCCUCUAAAAUGAGGUUUGUGUUAAUUUUUCUGGGCUCCCACAAUAUAUCUCUCUAGUAGCUGGUCACUGAUCAUAUCACUUUGCAGUGAUUUAUUUUCCAUUUAUAUUUCUUGCUAGACUGUGAACUAUUAGAAGUCACUGUCUUAUUUAUAUGCCUCUGUAUGUCUGGCAAUCAGUAUAGUACUUGACCCAGUGCAGAUAGUCAGUAAAUGUUUGUAGGCUAAAUAAAAAGGGUAGUAGGCACAGAACUGGCAACUUCUCUGGUUCAGGAGCCAAUUUUAGUAUUUCUCCUAUUAGGAUUGCCUUAGAGUCACAGGCUCAUAGGAUUUCAGUGUUAGAAACCUACCACAUUUUCCAGAUAAAGAAAUAAGGCUAGAGAAAAGGGAUUUUAUUAUCUUUCUCUUUCAGAUCAAACCAUAUUCCUAUUUCCUUCAGAACACAGUGGCAAAGUAUCUACCACCUGAAAGGAAGCUUAUUGAAAAAAAAUCUUGCUAAUUUCCUUCCCUCUUAUGGCCUGUCUUCCAGAUAAUUUCUCCAAAUGCUUCUUAUUUAAGUGUUCUUUCUAUACCGUAACUUGGGCAUAAGUUGAUGCUCUGCCACUUGAAUUGAUGUGCAUAUAUUUAUACUUUAGUCGUCUUGUGUUCUGUUCAGCUGCUAGAUACAUGUUAAAACCAACUAGGUUUCCCGUUAGUUACCCUGUUUGUUUCCUGUAGCACUUUCCUGUUGGUAGAACUGUUUGUUCUUUCAUAAUAAAAUUGAGAAUAUUGAGAAUGUCCUUGUAAAAUAUAUUUUUAAGGUAAAACGAUAUAAUGAUUUGUCCUGACAUUCUGUAAUUUUGAAAGUUGUUGAUGGCAGGAGAAUGAUGAAGAGGAAGGAUGUGUCCUAGUUAUAAUUUUAUUAGUAAUGUGCUGAUGUUUAAUGGUUUAUCAGGACUGAAAUUAUUUGAAAAGAAAACCAUCUAUGUGGUCAGAGUCAUCUUUUGUUCACUAUGGCUCUGGCCCUUGUUGGGGAGUAAAUCAGCUUUUUAUGUAUACAUUCUGCAUGGGAGCUGUAAUAAGUGAGCACAUGUUGCAAAUGCUGUGACCUUCAGUCAACUAGAGAAAGAUACCUCUUCUAAUCAAAGGCAAAAGCCACGAUCUUUCUUGUUGUAACUUACUGUUGACACAAGAAAGGCCAGAGAGAUUGACAUCAAUCUCUAUAGAAACCAUUAACCAAUGCUGAAUAAAUCUGCAGCAUUGAAUCCAUAUGCAUGCUUGCUUUUAUUAUUCUUGACCUAUGGGC